UCAUGUCCAAAGCCCCUCCACUGUCAAACUUGGUAGGUGAGAUUUGUCCAUCUUCCACCUGAAUGCACACUGCGAUGGCCUAAUUUACCACGACAUGAAAUGGAACAAUUGGUCCAAAUCACAAACAGUCUGUUGAUUUGGCCAUUUCAUGCUGAAAAGUUGCAGUAAUUUAGCAAAAUUGCCACCUCUCUCAAAUAUUGCAGAGAUUUCUUGAAUUUGUGUUAGUUAUCGCAAAAUCGCAAGUUCCUGGAGGGACUGCUUUAUUAUGUGAACACUGUAUUUCGACUCUUAAACAACAUGCCCUCGCCAACACAGCCCUCUAAACUGUUUUAAGGCAGGAUUGUUUUCUGCUAACUGCUAUCAAAUUUAGCCAGUUAGCUCUUGUUAGCUCAAGCUACAAUAAGGACCUUAUUGUCAAAGUAAUUCUGAAUCAAUGACCUAAAGACUGCUGCUGUAAAUAAACACAGUGCACAGACAUAGUAACUAUCUUCUCCUAUUUACUGUAGAUUAACAAGAGCACAUUCUUCCUAGCUAGCUAGCUAACAAGCUAGGCUGAACAGUAAGCCAAUGUUAGCAGUUUUAACUAGCUCCUGAUAGCUAGAGUGACCACAGAUAAAGAUUAUCUGUAUUUUUGACCUUCACAGAGUUGUGUCUUUCUUUGAGGAACACUUUUAGAAUCACAGCACUGAGGUUACUCUGAAUUAACUGAUUACUGUUGCUGUUAACACAACAGUAGCUAAUUGGCCAAAUGUGAUAGCAAUUGUCGAGCUGGCAUGGCUAAGAGAGGCAGGGGUUAUGUGACACCACUGUCAUGAAAAGUGAUAUUCAGAAUUAAAAAGUGACAUUGUGAUAUAAUUGCUUAUAAUAAAGCCUAUAGAGAGCAAAAGGCCAUGAUAUCACAUCGAGGUUAGACUCUUAAUCUCCAGGUUAGCUAGUUCCGCUAGCUUAUGUAACUCAAUGCACUUCUGUCAUUGGUCUUUCUGACAAAAAUGAAAUGUGUUCUUUGCAUUAACUACCCAUAUUCUGGGACAAACUGGCAUCCACCACAACACUGUUUGAUAUUCAAACCUCCAUGAUUUUGAAAAAGUUAGACAACAUGUGAGCUAACAAAAAACUACAGCUCCCAUGAAAAUUUACCAGUGUGGCAACAACGGCAUGUUGCAUUGUAACGUCAUCUUUCCAGCUUUUUAUCCUUUAACCUUUUAGUUCACUAAAGAUUGCUAAAACAGAAAUAUUGAAUAAACAGUUAGAUUUGAUAUUAGAUUGUCGUUGAUUGUUUUUUUUGUUUUGUUUUUUAGUUAAAGUGAACCACAUGACUGUCAAGUAAGGCUAUGUUCCAAGACUAGAUCUUUAGGUGUUUACAUUAUAGUAAAUGUUCCAGUUCCACUUAGUCACUUCAGCUCUUAUUUAUUUAUGUAACCCUGACCACUUUGAGACACCAUACACCUGAUGUCAGUCAUUGGAUCAUGUUACUGCUUGGGGCAAACAAAUAGCUGGACUCGCCUUAACUUGUCACACUUUUUUUAUCACAUUCUCCUCACAUUUCUCUGUCUGGCUGCUGCGAGCUGAUAACAAAUGGAAACAAUAACCAUAAACACAUCAUACAAAUAAAAGAUCGCCUUCCCAAACACUUUGCACUCCCCUUCAUCAUUUUAAAAGUGUGAGGGCCCAGUCAGGCAUAAACAGAUCCUGAGGAGAAACAAAGACUAUAAAAACCAAAGAGAUGUGCCGCUGCAGAUAAACAUAACAGACAGACCCUGGGGAAGCAAAGCAGCUUUGAGUGCUCUGGGGGAUUUAUUUAAAAAAAAAAAAGGAAGAAAGAGAGAAAGAAAAGGGUUUUCCCAUAAGGAGUGAAGUGGUGUUUGUUGGGAGCUGUUGGAUGUCCACUUAACUGAAGUAAACAGCAUCAUAAAAUAAACAUAUCCAGAAAACAAACACCACCAUAAAACAAAUGAGAAAUGCUACCUAAUUGCUCGGGGGUAUAUCAUAAAAGCAAGUGUUUCUAAAGUUUCAGUUCUGUUUCUAUACAGAAAGGUGACUGACUCUGCCUGUUAUGGCGUGAUCACACUAAACACAAAGUGAAUUUUUGCCUCGCCUUUUUCCCCUUUCCUCUCUGUUUGUCCAUGAAGUACAUUCAAGUACAUUUCCCCUCCAGUCAGCAGUCAACAUGGACGAAGAGAAACUAAUUAUGUUAUAACACCCGACAGUGGAGGUCGGCACCUCUGCGGCUCGCUGCUGCAGACAGGUUGAGAAGUGAGAGUGAAGAUAAAUCCACUUUUUAAUCCCAAAAGUUUAAAAAAUAAACUCUGAGCUCUCCUUUCACUGGUAAACAGCUCUCUAUCAGAGCAGAAGCUGGUCUGACUCCGAAUGUUAUUCCUCCAGAAGCUCCAGCUCUGCUCCCGUCUCUCUCCUCCUGAGCUCCCCGGCGCUCAGCAGCUGUCUGUUGCUAAAUGUCCAGUUGAGAUGACCUUUCUCUGCCGAUGACUCAUGGGCCUCUAUCUGAGCUCCUGUCGGGGUGAGUCAGCAGUAAAUCACCACUGAUUGCUCCGAAUAUCACCUCUUGUCAACUGAGACAACAGAAGCUUCACUUGGGUUCAGUCAGUGUCAUCCACCUCUAAUCUGAUGCCUUCAUGAAGCUGCAGUGCAUUUCCACAGACAACAUGAUGAGAGAGACAGGGAGACAGACGGGAGGCUUUGGAUUAAUGCUGCCAGGAGAUCCAGGAGGUCUGACUGGGAGCAGAUGCAGCAGUUAUGAGACAGAGUCAUGUUUGGAAAGGGAGGCUUUGAGGAUCCUGGCAAAGCUCUGCGCUGGUGGGAGGACCAGUUGGAAAGGGCCAGAACCUUUCAAAAAGGGUAUUCAGGAUUAUCGAGUGAGAGAGGAAAUCAUUAAGGAGAGGAGAGGAAGAGACGGCAUGGCUCCAGAGGUAUGGCUACCUCCCUCCUGCAGACCCCAGAAUGUCAGUGCUGCGUUCUGCCCGAGUCAUGCAGUCCGCUAUCGCUGCCAUGCAGCGCCGCUACGGCCUCAAUGUCACAGGGACGCUGGACAACAACACUAUAGACAAUAACACAAUAAGGUGGAUGAAGAAGCCCAGAUGUGGAGUCCCUGACCAGAUAGGAGGUGCAUCCAAAUUCAGUGUCAGGAAACGGCGGUACGCCCUCACAGGACAGAAGUGGCAACACAAACAUAUCACAUACAGCAUAAAGAACGUGACACCCAAAGUCGGUGCUGAGGAGACCCAUGAUGCCAUUCGGCGAGCCUUCGACGUCUGGCAAAACGUGACGCCGCUCCGCUUUGAGGCUGUGCCCUACAGCGAGCUGGAGCGCACCAAGAAAGACGUGGACAUCACCAUCAUCUUCGCUUCAGGUUUCCAUGGUGACAGCUCGCCCUUUGACGGCGAGGGCGGCUUCCUGGCCCACGCCUACUUUCCAGGGCCGGGAAUAGGAGGCGACACACACUUUGACUCAGACGAGCCGUGGACGCUGGGAAACCCCAACCAUGACGGUAAUGAUUUGUUCCUGGUGGCAGUCCACGAGCUUGGCCACGCGCUUGGACUCGAACACUCCAACGACCCCACGGCCAUCAUGGCUCCUUUCUACCAGUACAUGGACACUGACAACUUUAAACUGCCAAUGGACGACCUGCUGGGCAUCCAGAAGAUUUACGGGCCUCCUGAUAAGAUUCCCCAACCCACCAAGCCUUUGCCGACGGCGCCCCCUCCCCGCUCCCAUCCUCCUUCAGAUCCCCGCAAGCCAGACAGGCAGACGCGACCUCCGAGGCUUCCCCCGGGGGACAGACCAUCCCAUCCCAACUCUAAACCCAACAUCUGCGAUGGAGGCUUCAACACGCUGGCCAUACUAAGGAGAGAGAUGUUUGUCUUUAAGGACCACUGGUUUUGGCGAGUGAGAGAUAACUCUGUAAUGCCGGGGUACCCCAUGCUCAUCAGUGUUUUCUGGAGGGGUCUGCCACCCAAGAUAGAUGCAGUGUACGAGAACAGUGAGGGCAAGUUUGUCUUCUUCAAAGGGAAGCAGUUCUGGGUGUUUAAGGACACCGUGUUGCAGUCAGGAUACCCCAAGGACAUCACCCAGUUUGGUCACGGCAUGCCAGCCCAGAGCAUUGAGACGGCUGUGUGGUGGGAGGAUGUGGCCAAGACCUACUUCUUUAAAGGCGACAGGUACUGGCGCUACAAUGAGGAAAUGAGAACUAUGGACCCUGGCUAUCCCAAGCCCAUCACAGUGUGGAGAGGUGUGCCUGACUCGCCACAGGGAGCCUUCGUCGACAAAGCCAAUGGUUUCACCUACUUCUACAAGGGGAAGGAGUACUGGAAGUUCAACAACCAGUUCCUCCGCGUGGAGCCGGGCUACCCGCGGUCCAUCCUCAAGGACUUCAUGGGCUGCGACCUGAAGCCCAUGGACCCUGCCCGCCCGCCAACCGACGACGGCAACACGGACGUGGUGAUCGAGCUGGACAACGAGGCAAACACAGUGAAGGCCAUCGCCAUUGUCAUCCCCUGUGUGCUCGCGCUGUGCCUGCUGGUGCUGGUCUACACCGUGGUGCAGUUCAAGAGGAAGGGUACGCCGCGCCACAUACUGUACUGCAAACGCUCCAUGCAGGAAUGGGUCUGAAACAUGGGAGAGAGGGUGUGGCGAUGGGUGGGAGAAGAGACUGGUGAAAACAGGAUGACAGCCCCCACUUUCAGGGAGGAGAGAGUGAUGCAGUGGACAUCUUUAGUAAAAACACACAGCCACGCCUCCUCCUUUUGGGCAGUCUGAUGUUCGUUCAGACCCGCAGAAACAGCCAGACAGUCCGUCGGCAGACCCUCAUACACAAGGCACGACUCUGGGACUUCAAGUUGACUCUGCUAACUCCCAGCCUUUUUCACUAACAGGGGGGAGCAGAGGGACAGUUUGUGGGGGGAUCUUUGCCUAAAAUGACCUUCAGUCCCAGUCAAAAAAAAAAUCAGGAGGGUCGGCAUCUCUUUGUAUCUCAGAAACUUUACUUCCUCUCCUCUUCCUCUGUCUGUCUUUGCCCGACUGCUCUUAAUCAGGGGGAGGACUCACUUUCAGGGGGACACGCACUCUUCACACAGGGCACUGCAUUGUCAUCUGUCAUAUCAGGUGUUGAUACAACAACAAUUUUAUAUUUUCUGAUCUCGGUGCCCCCACCCCCCCCUCUCGCUUCACAUUGCGCUCAAAAGAAAAACCGUCUCAGAUAAACACAAGUUAAUCACAUUAACAAUCUUCUCUCCCUUUUCUUUUUUUUCUUUUUCUUUCAUUUUUUAAUUUAAGGUCCUCACAGUUCCCUUUAACACGCUCCUGAGGAAGAGACCAAACUAAACCAAAUAAAAUCAAUUUCUCUCCAAAGAGGAUCGCUUUUUUUUUUUUCUUUUUCUUGUAGCUUUUAUUUUCUCAUUUUGUCUUCAGUUCAUCUUUUCUUCCCUUCUCUGGAUCCUUGCAGCGAUUAAGAGUCGGGGAGCUCUGACUGUUGUGGCAGUCUGUUUGAGACACAGGGGCCAAAUUAUUCUGCAAUAUUUUAACUCGCCUUAAUUAUAGAUCAUACUACUUGUGCUUGGUUUUGCUGUACUUGGUGUUGUUUUUUUUUAAUAUUAUUUGUAUACCGCUUUUGUUUGUUUGUAAAAGAUGCUCAUUGAAAGCUUAUUGUGAUUGGUAUUUCUGGAUUUUAUUACAUUACCCAGAAUUCUCAGCACUGGCUUGCUGAGCUAUUCUUGGACAGAAUAAACAGUAGGGUCAGCCUGUAUUGAGAGUAAUGUAUUGUACGUUGGAAGGUUAUGGAGUAAAGCCACUAUUUUUGUGUUAAGAUAUUUGUUACUGUCUAACUUACUUUUAUCAUUUCCCUACGACAGAAAUCAGGCUAAUUAAGAGCUUGAGAGUCUUAUUAUUGGAUUGUAAUUUUUUUGGCCCAUAUUCCCCUUAAAGGUCACAUAUUAUACUUCUUUUCAACAAGUUAACAUAGGUCUCUGACGUCCCCAAAACAUGGCUUUUUUGCUGAAAAUACCACUGAGAUUACGCAUUCUAGCAUCCCUCUAUACCCCUCUGUUUCAGUCCUGUUCUCCAUGGGCUGUUUCUGUGUCUGUAGCUUUAAAUGCAAAUGAGCUGCUGCUCCCCACGCCCAACUCCGGAACUGGCUGUGACUUUCCAGCUGUGACACAAUGCAAGAUUAUAUGACCGCAACUGGAGAGACCGGGGACUGUUAACAGUAUUCAUAUACAUACUGGAACUGCAACGGAGGUGCAGUAGCGCCACUAAUACUAGUAUUACAGUAACGCUAAGUGUAUCCGUGGACCAGAAUGGUCGUCUUAGCCUCAGUUUGACUUUACACACACUGCCGAGUGGGCCACUACAGCUUCAUGGUCUGAGCAAGUUAGCUGCUAGGUGCUAAUAAAGGUUACACAACAUUGCUGAGCAAAGGAAUUCAUGCAGUUUGACGAUUUCUUUUUCACACGUGUAUUGUUGUCUUCAUGGCACGUCUAUCAUGUACAUUUACAUUAAACUACAGUAGCAACACACACAAACCAGCGAGGAUCACGGUGCAGAAGGGGCUAACAUUUAACAACAAAGCUAGCUGAGCUAGCACUGCAAGUUCCACAAAAAGCAACAUGAAAAGAUAGUUAACACCAUCCAACCUACUACUGUUGUCAUUUAGUUGGCUUCAAAUGAGGAUUAAUGUUCACAGUUUUUCUUAACCGUCCCUCAGUAUCACAACAUUAGUCCAACAUCGCUAACCAUAUUAGCUGCGCAACAUGAUAACACCAAGUUCAACAGACUAACCUGUUAAAUAAACAGUAAAACAAUAUAAAACAUGGCAAAACUUACAGCUUCCAAGUUUGAGGUCAGGUCGCAAACAGACAGUAUCAAUCCAUUGCAAACACAUACAACAGUUUUCCAGUCUGUUGUGUUGGUCCCUACAGCCAACCGACUGUCAGUCUGCUGGGGGGAGGUCAAUGUUCAACAGAUCCCUUUAUGAUGUCAUAAAGGGAGCCGAAUCUUAACGGUGUGUUUGCACACAUAUUUACUGAAAGAUGGAGCAGGAGAAAAAGAGAGAGGAUGGUCUUUUCUCAUAGUCUUUCCCUUCAUAGUUUGGGGGUCUGUAGACACACCAGGGACACAUAUUUAUGUUGAAAAGACGUGAAAAAGUGCAUUUAGCAUAAUAUGUGACCUUUAAAUUGAAGAAGAGUUAAAGUGUGCAUCUGAAAUGGUCACUGUAUGGUAUUUGUGAAUGGACAGACCAUUUAAAAAAAAAAAAAAAAAAAAAAAAUCCUGUUGACUGCCUUGUUUGAGAGAGCUCACAGUUCCCAGAAUGCUCUUGUCUCCUGACUGAGGACCCACAAAGUGAGACACCAAGUCAAGAUCAGUGCCUGUGUCAACAUGCAUGCAAGCAUUUACUGUACACCCAACUGGUUCUGCUCAACGUGGCUUUGGACCCCUCAACAGCUGAGGAGGAAGUUUUCUCUUGAAAAUACUGUUUGCAUUUAUUUUUGUACAUUUUCAGUGUACCCCAAGCCCCCUCCUCCCCCCUACCUCCAGGUACAAUUAAAUCUAAAAGAGAAAUACCUUAAAAAGAUUUAAAUGGUACAUUUGGGAAAUUAGUGGGGAAUCUUAUGGGUGAUUUGCGAUUCCAAUUGGCCUCAAAUGCACCAACAAACCAACCGUUAGCGAACAUUUAGUGUCCUCGCUGUUGUGGCGAGCAGUCUUCGAAUGUGUGUCUGUUUUCAUGAUCACAUACUGUUUUUUUUUUUGUUUUUCUUUCUUUCCUGUUUUCUGGUCAAAACAAAUUGGACAUCUCACAAUGACUUCUUUGUGUAAGACUUUGGGACAACAGAGGAACAUGUCCUGACCGAAUGAAUAAAUUGAUCAAUAUAUGAUUAA